UGCGAGUCCUGCAGGACUUGCAGCAAGCGUGGGGGCAGAAUAUCACUGGGUGGGUGUCUGGGGGGGACUGCAGCUUGGCCUACGGUGUGAACUGCAAUGCCCAAGGCAUGGUGAUCGAUAUCUAUCAAAAUUAUCAAGGCUUAACCGGGUACAUUCCAGAUUACAUCAGUGCCUUGGACAGGCUGACAUUUCUGGAACUUGCGGGCAACAAUUUAACUGGGUCUAUUCCAUCUAUCAUCGGCAAUAUGAUUGGUCUUGAACGGAUAGAUCUCAGCUACAAUGCUCUGACUGGGUCUGUUCCAUCCAACAUCAGCAACUUGAGCAACCUCGUAGAUUU